AAUUGUGCAAAACAUCAAUAAUAACAACUCGAAACAUGUCGAAAAUCGGUAUUAACGGAUUUGGACGCAUCGGCCGUCUGGUACUGCGCGCCGCUAUCGACAAGGGCGCCUCCGUUGUUGCCGUCAAUGAUCCAUUCAUCGAUGUCAACUAUAUGGUAUAUCUCUUCAAGUUUGACUCAACUCAUGGUCGUUUCAAGGGUACUGUAGCCGCUGAAGGCGGUUUUCUGGUUGUGAACGGCCAGAAAAUUACUGUUUUCAGCGAACGCGAUCCAGCUAACAUCAACUGGGCCAGCGCUGGCGCGGAAUACGUAGUUGAAUCCACUGGUGUAUUCACUACAAUUGAAAAAGCAUCGACUCAUUUAAAGGGCGGUGCCAAGAAGGUGGUAAUUUCGGCGCCAUCCGCAGAUGCACCUAUGUUUGUGUGCGGCGUCAAUUUAGAUGCCUAUAAGCCCGACAUGAAGGUUGUGUCGAAUGCUUCCUGUACGACUAAUUGCUUGGCUCCCUUAGCUAAGGUUAUUAACGACAAUUUUGAGAUUGUUGAGGGUCUGAUGACCACUGUACACGCCACUACAGCGACUCAGAAGACUGUCGAUGGUCCAUCCGGCAAAUUGUGGCGUGAUGGUCGUGGCGCUGCCCAAAAUAUUAUACCUGCUGCCACUGGAGCUGCAAAAGCUGUUGGAAAAGUCAUCCCUGCUCUGAAUGGCAAAUUGACUGGUAUGGCUUUCCGGGUUCCCACACCUAAUGUUUCUGUUGUCGAUUUAACUGUGCGCUUGGGCAAGGGCGCUAGCUAUGACGAAAUCAAAGCCAAGGUACAGGAGGCUGCCAAUGGUCCUCUAAAAGGAAUUCUUGGCUAUACUGACGAGGAAGUUGUCUCGACUGAUUUCCUUAGCGAUACUCACUCUUCAGUCUUUGACGCUAAAGCUGGCAUAUCGCUUAACGACAAGUUCGUCAAAUUAAUUUCUUGGUACGACAAUGAGUUUGGCUACUCUAACCGCGUCAUUGAUUUGAUCAAGUAUAUGCAAAGCAAAGAUUAAAAAGA